UGCCACCUGUCAGUGUCCAUCAAUUGCAGCUGUCAGUGCUCAUCAAUGCCAGCUGUCAGUGCUCAUCAAUGCCAGCUGCCAGUGCCUAUCACUGCCACAUAACAGUGCACAUCAAUGCCACAUAUCAGUGGCCAUCUGAGCUGCCUUUCAGUGCCACCUAUCAGUGCCACCUAUCAGUGCUGCCAAUCAGCGCCACCUAUCAGUGCCCAUCAGUGCUGCCUAACAAUGCCAGUCAGUGCCACCUAACAGUGCCAGUCAGUGCCGCCUAUCAGUGCCAGUCAGUACUGCCUAUCAGUGCCAUAUAUGAGUGCUGC